AUGAAAGCGGCCAAGUCACGGACAUGGAAUUUGAUGAUCGCAGCAACUGCUUUCAAGUCUUUGCGGCAGAUCAUCCUGCUUGGGGAUCCUACGCAGCUCCAGCCUACGGUCACGUCCACUACUCGUAAUGAGUUUAGUGCAGCUCAGAAGUCGACAUUCAUAUCCAGAGCGCUCACGUACAUCGACUCCACGCAUCUUGUCACGCAACAUUGGAUGACGCCAGCGAUAGCUUACCCAGUCAGCUGGCUGUUCUACGAUAGUCAGCUUCAAAAUGCGGUUGGCCUGCAAAUCCCCGAGGCUUUCGGACGGCUAAUGCGUCGUUUCAACUCGGAGUUCUUCUUCAAAGGAAGCAAGACACCUGAACAAACAGAUGAGGUGCUCUUCGUAGACGUGCCGAGUUCCAAAUCAUGGAAGGAUGCAGACGGCGAUUCUCGCAUUAAUGUUCCAGAGGCUAAAUGUGUUGUCGCCAUCACCAAGGCACUCUUCUCGGCCGACAGACGCGUCAUCAAGAAACGCACAAUGGCUAUCAUUUCCAUGUACAAGUCGCAGGCAAUACUUAAUCGGAAGUUGCUUAUAGCCGCUGUUGGCCCUCUGGCUGGUUCUGUGGAAGUCAUCGACAUUUCCACCGUGGACUGGUUCCAGGGCAAGGAGAACCAAAUUGUGCUGCUAAGUCUUGUUCAUCAUGGCAAUGAUGAGAUAGAGCAGCGCAUGUCUCGUCAUCUUCUGGACAGCCAUCGCCUCUGUGUCGCCAUUAGUCGGGCCAGAUAUGGGUUCAUUGUAGUCGGCAAUUUCAUUGGGCUUAAGAUGGCCACCGACAAGAAGCGCGCAGGCAACUUGAUUCGAAGAGAUUUUCCGAUUCAUCAUUUGCUGCUUCAUUACGAACGACAGGGCCAGAUCUUCCAUUAUGGGCGAGACGACUUCCCAGACGACUCUCAACAGCGAGUCAACGCAGACUUCGAACAUAAUCUGCAUAUUAGUAUUGAAGAUGCUCGUCGUCGCAAAGAUGCGGAAGAAGUUAGGUUCGGCAAACGCAGUGCCGACGGGCCUUCUGACCAGCUCACGAAGCGUAACAGACUUUAG